AUGAUUAUUGUAGUUUUUAUGCUGUUUUGGAUUUGGUAUUUGAUGAGCGUUGUUACAAUUAGAGGGGCUCAAAUCAAUGAAAGGAAAAGGAAUAGGAAAUUGUUACGCUCAUUAUUUUUGAGUCACUUAAUAAGACAGAGUGAUGUAAGCUGUAAAAGUGAGCUUCGUGUCAAUAGACGUACUUUUAAUAUUAUUUGUGAGAUGCUUAGAGAUAUAGGAGGUUUAAGUGGAACAAGAAAUAUGACUCUUCAAGAGAUAGUUGCAAUGUUUUUGUACACAUUGGCUCAUCAUCAAAAUAAUAGGUCAAUUGAAAAUCUCUUUUUAAGAAGUGGGGAAACAGUGAGUCGACAAUUUAACCUAUGUCUAAGGGCUAUUUUGAAGUUGCAUGAACACUUAUUCCACAAGCCUAUAGCGAUAUCUGAUGAAAGGUGGCAACCUUUCAAGAGUUGUCUAGGAGCGCAAGAUGGUACCUAUAUUAACGUAAGAGUGACUUCACAAGAAAGGGGAAAAUAUCAAACAAGGAAAGGCACAAUUGCUAUGAAUGUUUUAGGUGCUUGUGCACCAAAUAUGGAAUUUAUUUAUGUGCUUCCGGGGUGGGAAGGAUCAGCCCAUGAUGUACGUGUCCUUCGUAAUGCUCUCUCUAGGCCAAAUGGUCUUAGGGUACCUCGAGGUAAUUAUUAUUUGGUUGAUGCGGGCUACACUAAUUGCGACGGAUUUCUCGCUCCAUAUAGGGGGCAACGAUAUCACCUUAAAGAGUGGACAGAUAAACAACCUGAAAGUGCCAAGGAAUAUUUUAAUAUGAAACAUGCUAGGGAAAGAAAUGUGGUAGAGAGGUGUUUUGGUUUACUUAAAGGGAGAUGGAGCAUACUUAGGAGUCCCUCGUUUUUUCCUAUACGCACCCAAGGUCGUAUCGUGAUGGCUUGUUGUUUACUACAUAACUUAAUUAGAAGAGUCAUGCCUACUAAUGAUAUAGAGGAAGAAGAGUUGAGUGAAGAUUCCGAUGAUGAUUUUGAUGAUGAACCUGAAUAUAUUACAAGUGUUGCGACUUCAGAUCAGUGGACCAAUUUUAGAAACACACUAGCACAAGAUAUGUUUAAUGGGUGGAGGUUGUAUAUGAUGGGAGAAGAGGGAAGCAAUCGAGGAAGAGGUAAGAAUAAGCGUUUUUGGACCUUUGAGGAAGAUACGGUGCUCAUAAAAUAUUUACAUGAGUUAUCUCUCGAUCCUAAAUGGAAAAGUGAAAGUGGCUUCAAGAGUGGUUACAUGAAUAAGUUGGAAGAAAUGAUAAAAUCUGUGCUACCUAAUUGUGGCUUGAAAGCUGAUCCACACAUUGAGUCAAGGAUUAAGCAUUGGACAGAGAAAUAUAGUGCAAUGGCAGAGAUGUUAUCUACUUCUGGAUUUGGAUGGGAUUCGGACAAAAAAAUGUUGCAAGUAGAGAAAACUGUAUUUGAUGAAUGGGCUAAGGACUAUAUUUAUCAGCAUAAUAAGAAAAUGAAGUUGAUUAAGGAUUUGUGUACAUUGCAGGCUCACAAGAAAGCAAAGGGGUUGUAUGGACUACCCUUUCCUCAUUAUGAGACACUUGCUGAAAUCUAUGCAAAAGAUAAAGCAACCGGAGAAGUUAGUGAAUCAUUUGUUGGAGCUAUUGAUAACAUGAAUGUUGAGAUUGCAAAUCAGUCUAUGACAAUAGAGAGUGACGAAGACGGUUAUAUGGAUUCUCCCACUCAUUCUACCCAUUCCACUCAAUCAACAACUUAA